AUGGUAUUCAUUGACGUUGAUCUGUGUCUAUUCGAUUUAGAUGGAACGCUAGUUAGCACUACCACGGCAGCUGAGAGUGCUUGGAAAGUAUUGUGUGCCAAGCAUCAUGUCGAUCCGCAAGAGUUAUUUAAACACUCGCACGGCUCGAGAACCGCAGAGAUCAUCGAGAGAUUCUUUCCUAACAUCGACAGUAAAGAUCCUAAUGUUAUCAUGGAAUUAGAGCUUUCGAUUGGUAAAGAUUACCUCGAUACUGUCAAACUUAUCGCAGGAGCUAAAGAAUUGUUACUUUCACUUAACCAAGGUUCAACUGAAAAUCCGGCAAAUACUGACAAUCGUCCGUGGGCGAUAGUCACGUCAGGAUCACCGUACUUGGCAUUUUCUUGGUUUGACAACAUUUUGAAAGAAGUUGGUAAACCAAGCAUCUUUAUCACAGCUUUUGAUGUAAAGCAUGGGAAACCAGACCCCGAAGGUUAUACCGAGGCCAGAAACCAACUGAGUGCUGUUCUCAAUCUGGAUUCGAGAAAAGCUCGAGCAGUGGUUUUUGAAGAUGCUCCCGUGGGAAUAGAAGCUGGAAACAAGAUCGGUGCAAUUACAGUAGGGUUAACUUCAUCGUAUCCAAAAGAACGAUUAUUCGAAGCAGGUGCUGACUACGUGGUAGAAGAUUUGACCCAUGUCAAGGUCAUUGAAAAGUCCCCAAGAGGCAUUAAGCUUGAAAUUUCAAAACCGCUGAGCCGUUAA